UUCGACGACGACGAGGGUACACAUCGCAACGAAAUCUUGUACGCGCCGACCAUGGAGUCUGAUCCACUCUUGGACACAAAGAGAUCGAUGUACACGUUGAAGGCGGUGGCGGAAGAAGCUGCGUCCAUAUAUGCCAUAUGCUGGAAGAUUUCUCUUGCGACCUUUUGUCAACUGAGUGUCUUGACCAUCUCGACGGCAUUCUUGGGGCACCUGGGGACUCGGGAAUUGGCGGCGAGUGCGAUGGUCAUGUCCGUGGUGGGUGGAUUUCGAAUCAUACCGUGGGCCUUCUCUAUCUCCAUUAGUACCCUUGGGGGCCAUGCCUAUGGAGCCAAAAACUACGAGCUAGUGGGUGUAUGGCUGCAAAUCGGGCUCAUCAUGCUCGUGCCUGUGUCUGCGCUACUGAUGGCCGUGUGCUUGAACAUUCGGCCGUGCCUUGAACUGAUGACGGACGAUCUGGAGCUGUUGGCGAUGGGCGAAACCUAUGCCUGGUAUGUGUCGUGGAGCGUGUGGCCAAGUGCCAUCUACGAAGCGCUUCGAGGCUAUUACAAGGCCCAGGAGAUCAUGACCCCUACCACCGUGGUGGACGUCACGACCCUGUUCAUAUCGAUUGGAGUCAACUACGUGUUCAUCUAUGGCUGCUUGGGCUGGCCAGGGUUUGGUUUCAUAGGGUCCCCCCUUGCCCUCGUGUUCAUUGCUGUCAUUCAGUCGGUGUCGUUGUGGUCGUUUGCCCACUUGUUACAAGAACGUCACACCAGUGUGUGCGUCUAUCGAGGGACGAUCCGUUACCCACCGAGUCCUGAACGCUCGUUAUGUGUAGAAACGUGGUUUGGCUGGAAGGCCAAGAAUUGCUUGAACGCGGCCCGCUUGCGCCAAUACUUGACCCUCACAGGCACGUUUUUGGUGUAUUUGGCCUUGGAUGAAUGGGUGUACAACGUGUUGGCGAUCAUGGCUGGUAAAAAAAUUCUACUACUACUGAACCAUGCGACCACCACAAUGUAUGUAGCUCGCAUUGGCAGUUUGAAUGUGGCCGCGUACAACAUCCUGUUCACGAUCUGGACGUUGGCGUACGGCGUGUACAUUGGAUUCAGCACUCCGAUUCAAGUGCGAGUCUCACAUGCUCUCGGGGCUAACGAUCCUGCAAAGGCCAAGCAAUCUGCUGUUGUUGGGUGUGCGAUGGGUUCAUUCGCUGCGGGCUUCCUCAGCGUGGCCAUGUACGUCGGUCGAGAUGAGAUGUUGGCCUUAUACACGGCCGACGUGGAUCUGCAGGACGUGAUUCGUCCUGUCUUGGGGCUGUUUUGCCUCGCCGCGUGUCUCUCUGGAGUGCACAUCACUUUGUCGGCCAUGCUAGAAGCCAUGUCGUUGGCCGGUACCCUCGUCCUCGCUUCGUCCGUUGGCUCGUGGCUCGUGCUCCUCCCCGUGGCGUACGAACUUGCGUUUGCGACCAGCUGGGGGUUUGGGGGGCUGUACAUUGGCAGUGUCAUUGGCGAAAGCGUGAAAUUGGUCAUCAUGGCCGUGGCCUUAGUGUGGGUGUUCGACUGGCACGUCGUGGCCGAGCAAGUGUCCAAACAAGUGACCAGCGACAACGAAGAAUUUGACGUGUAGAAAGAUCAACAACUGUGACGAUGGCUGUAGUACUUUAUUGUACAUUGACACUACGAGCCCACUUCGAAUGGCUUUAGGAGUGUCAAAAGUAAAGAAAUUCCGUUCCUGGUUACUAUCUCCACAUUAAGCGAUAAAUAUAUCAUGACGGUGAAGCCGACGAGCUACAGGCCGUACGCGUGGCAGUCCCCUCGGUCGUACUCGCACGCAGCAUUGAAGCACGCGAGGUCGCACAGUCGGUCGCCGACAGCCCAAAGCACGCACCCCGUCGCACACGUGGCAGGCUCACAGCCCGCCAUGACGCUUGUAGUCGAGUUGCAAUACGUGGUCUCGCCCAUGGCAACCAUUUUGGAUGUCAAUCGAGCCAUGUCAAAGCCUGACGGGAGCGCCGCAAUUGGAUUGCAUGACAAGUCCAACACAAUGUCAGGUCGAAGGGUCGCAGGCACUUGCGUAAGGAAGUUUCCACCAACGUCGAGGCGGUUGAAUUGAGACAUGCCGUUCAGUUGGGUCUGCCACGUCGUGGCGAGGUCGGUCAGGCGAUUGUUGGUCACGUACAGCGUUUGCAAGCUCGAGAGCUUCGUGAUGGCGUCCGGAAUGGUCGUGAGCGACGUGUUGAAGAAGAAUACGUUGGUCAGCGGUUGCCAAAUGUCGUCCAAAUUGGACGGUAACGUCGACAGUGGAGUGGAUUCCACCAACAAGUUUGUCAGUAACGGGGGCAACUUGGUUUGCAAAAUGGCCGGCAUGGCAUCAAAGUCGCAUUGACGCAGCUGCAACGACAUGAUGGUCGCCGGCAACGUGCCUUCCCAUGCCCGCAUUUUCGUGAAUUGGAAGAUCAUCGCCCCCAGUGACUGCUGGUGCGCCAGUGUGGCGCUCGGGAUGCCGCGCCGAACGUCACAACGGCUCACUUGGAGCACAAACAGCGUCGACCCGACGUCCUGAGGGUCGAGUUGCGUGUCCACGUCCAAGCUUUCGUUGUGCAAUGAGUGGCAGUUGAUGUGAAGGUACUUGCAGUGACAAGUCAUGUCCACCAACGGCGUCGUAGCAGCCUGGCAGGUGGGCGGGCACGGUUGCCGGAAAAACAGUGCUUGGAUGCACAGACCCCACAAGGUCACGCCCCAUGUGACACUGCACGAGACGUACACGACGACGAGGGGCGACCGCCGGACGUGGGGCACCCUGGUGGCGUUUUUCGCAAGAGUAGUCUCUCGUCCAGUGGAG